AUGGCCGCCCUUGUGGAACUCUUCAAGCAUGAGGACAGAGACGUACGAUCGUCCGCCGCCUAUGCUCUACGCAAGCAGUCGACGUUAUCAGAUGCAACCAUAGCCGCCCUCGUGGAACUCUUCAAGGAUAAGAACAGAAAUGUACGAAUGUCUGCUGCUAAAGCUCUAGGCAACCAGUCGACGUUAUCAGACGCAACCGUGGCCGCCCUUGUGGAACUCUUCAAGGACGAGGACAGCUUUGUACGAUCGUCCGCCGCUGGAGCUCUAGGCAAGCAGUCGACGUUAUCAAACGCAACCGUGGCCGCCCUUGUGGAACUCUUCAAGGACGAGGACAGAGACGUACGAUCGUCCGCCGCCUAUGCUCUACGCAAGCAGUCGACGUUAUCAGAUGCAACUAUGGCCGCCCUUGUGGAACUAUUCAAGGAUGAGGACAGCGACGCAAUCAGCCGAUGCUAUCAGACAAGAUAUUGGACGCAUUAG